CCACGACGCCAGAUAAAGCCCAAAGAUAACGAAUCGAAGUGGAUAAGAUUAAAGAUUAGCAAUCAUGCCAACGACGGUGAAAGACGCGAUCCGAAUGUUUGAGGAGGCGGAGAAGAUCAAGGCCGCGGAAGCGGAGAGGGUGCUGCUGUACGGACAGAUUCCGCCUAUUGAGAAGAUGGAUAAUAAUUUGUCGUCACUAAAAAUGUGCACCCAACUGUCUCUGUCGACCAACAACAUCGACAAGAUCGCAGGUUUGUCGGGAUUGGAGAAUCUGAAGGUCUUAUCCUUAUCUAGAAAUCAGAUCAAGAAGAUCGAAAACCUCGAUGGGGUGGCAGCAACCUUGGAAGAGUUGUGGAUCUCUUAUAAUCUCAUUGAAAAGCUGACCAAUAUCGAAAAACUUGAGAAUCUUCGAGUGCUGUACAUAUCCAACAACAAGAUCGACUCCUGGGCGGAAAUCGAGAGACUGGCGCAGCUUCCACAAAUAGAUGAGCUGUUGUUGAUUGGCAACCCGCUAUACGACAAAUUCAAAGCGGAAAAUCCGCAGGUCAUUGGAAGCACGUGGCGGUUGGAAGUGCUAAAGAGGAUACCCAGACUCAAGAAGUUGGACGGGGUCCCGGUGGAGCAAGAGGAACUGGACGCCAUCACCCAGGCCGCAAACAAAAUACUCGAUUGAUUGAUUGUGGGACUACCACCAAUGAUUAGUUUUUCUUCAGUUUUGAGUGGAUCUGAUUCGGUUGGGUUGGGUUAGA